AUGCUAAGAAGCACGUCGUCGGAUGCCGCUGGGUCUGGCGGCGCGCGCAGCAGGCGCCACCGGGGGGCCGCGGCCUGCUGCGGGGCGAGGCGGCUCGUCGUCCGCACAGCAGAGGGGGGGCCUGGACCUCUGGCGGAUCAUGCGUUUGGUGUUGUCCUCCCAGACUCGAUCACCGCGAGGGCAGUUUCGAGCCCCGCGGGGCCGCCGACCGGCGAUGAAGGACAAGGAUCUCCACAAUUUCGUGAUACUUUCAUCACUGUCACCACCAAGCCGUCAGUGGUCUGGCGGCUCUUGCAAGGACCCGCGGGCUGCGGGAGGCUCCAGUGCAAUUCAAGGCGGCGCGCGCCAGGCACAAGUCCGCGCGUGUCCUCCUCUCGGGCGACGGCGGCGGACCGCCGCACCCCUCCUGCCCAGUCCGAUCCUGGGCCUGGCUGGCAUCGGCGCACGUGCCGCCAUGGCCUGACCAAAAACGCCUAG